UAGUUGCUCAUCAGUAUGCACACACUCCAAACUCUCCAAGCCAAACCCACCUUCCUCUCUUUCACUGUCAUGGCAUCCAUGGCUGCCUCCUUCUCAAAUUGCAUUUCUCUUCUUCUCCUCAUAACCCUUUUCAUGUCUCCGCAAAUUCAUGCCAGAGACAGUCAGUUCUUCAGCAAAGUUACCCAUGUCACCAUCCCCACCCACAACAACAACAAUGUUGUUAAAGAGACAGAGCCUCCCAAAAAGGAAGAACCCGUAAACAAACCAGAGCAAGAGCCUUCUUUCAUGCCUGAGACUGAAAGCAGCUAUGGCCUAUACGGCCAUGAGUCUGGUCAGUUUGCCCCAACCACCACCACCACCACAACUUACAAGCCAUACAAGACAGAGCCCGAGCAGCACACAGACAAGUACCCCAACAAGUACUAUUUCAACAACGAUGCCUACAAUACCAACCAAAAUGAAUUCACCAACACCAAGCUCACAGGAACUGGUUACAGCAACAACAACAACUACUACAACUACAAGACUGACGCCUAUGGAAGAAACCAAAAUGAGUUCAACUCUGUGGCGAAUCAGAACAACCACCAGAAAUAUUACUACAACAAUGACAACAGUGCAGUCAACGACAGGUACUUCGACAACAACAACAACGCUGUCAAUGACAGAUACUUCUACAACAAACAUGCUACAAAGAACAGUUACCACUCCAACAAUAAUGUUGCAAAUAACAGGUACAAUGGUGAGAAGCAAGGCAUGAGUGACACAAGGUUUAUGGAGGGUGGGAAAUACUUCUAUGAUAUUAACUCAGAGAAGUAUGACCAAACCCUCUACGGAGAUUCAUCCAGAGGAGUGAACUCUAGGGGCUGGGAAAACAACAAGGGUUAUUUUGGCAACAACAAUGCAAAAUCCUAUGAGAACAAUAACUCAUUUGAGGGUUACCAGAACCAGGAGGAGUUUGAGGAAGAACCCGAGGACUUUGAGCCAUGAGCAUGUUGGAUCGUGGACAGAGUGAAGAAUUCACUUUGCCUUUGGGUGUUGGGUGUGUCUGUUUCAUGUUUUCUCAUGCUUUAGAUUAAAAGAUUUACAAAAAUGUCGAGGAAUAUGUUUAUUUAUGGUGGGUUCUUACUUAGCAGUAAUACUAUCAGAUCUUGUUUCUGGAUUUGCGUAGUUUGUGUUAUGAUCUGGAAAUUUGCAUAAAGUAUAUUGUAAACAUGAUAUUUUUGCUUAUAGCUAUCAGUAAGUGGUAUGACUGAGGUAAGCUUGCUUCUUUC